CGCAGUUUGGGGAUGGACGAGCACUCGGUAGUUACUCACUCCAGCUCACGACUUUUAGUUCAUUAUCAUUGGUUAUUUUUCAUACCAAGGAACGUCAGUGUCUUAUGGGUAAGCAGUCGGCAUUGAUAUUUCAUAACCAUUGGUUUUAUGCUCCACGAUAACAUAAGUGAGAUAAUGGAGCUGGCGCACAGUGUGGAAAAUUCAGCUGCGUCAAAAGGUAUGGAGGGUCGAUCAUGGAUGGAAAAGUUCAAAGCAAUGUCACUGCUCAAUCGAUUUCGUCCCAGCUCUUUGAUCUCCUUAAUGACAUAUUACGCAAGAAACAUACAACCCAUUGUUAAUGAGUGUCAGACGAGCCAACUCCAGGUGGAAAAAUUGAAGGAUUCUAUGAGUGAAACUCUACUCUUUUUUUUGUAUUGCUAUAGAGCUCAAAAAGAGACCUUCCAGGAAACUGAAUGUGCGGCUUAUAUGGACACAAUGUCCGAUUUGUUGGCAAUGUACAUAGACAUGGAGCUGAAGGCAUCAAAACGGAGCAGUGAGGCACAAACCAAUAUUUCAGCUCGACUAAUUUCGUACCUUUACAUUUGCUUAGAUAAAUCACCUCAACACCUCAUGGAUACAUUUCUGAAAGUGCAAUUCCUGAGCUCCACUUAUCAGCAGAUUUUAGAUCCACUUAUAGAGAGAAUCCUUAACAAGGUACCAGAACAUCCUACCUGCGGUGUCAUGUACGUUCGAUAUUUUCUCAUCUAUCGUAUUUGGAGAAGAAUAAAUAAAGGUUCUCCCGUGAAGAAUGACAUAACUGUCAGGGCGAGGAAGUCUCUGCGUUCGUCGCCGUCUACAUUACCAGAGUAUCUUAUUGAUAAUGUACUACCGAAAGUGCCAAAUACCCAAAAAAUCACCACAGAGAUUUUAUUAACUCAGAAGUUUGAUUUGGAGAGAUCAGCGGAGAACUUCCUAAAAUUCGUAAAAGAAUCGUGGGAUCCGCCGCUUGUCGAGGACAGUGAAGCCACCAAGACGCAUCUCUCAAUUUACGAUAAUAAUCAGCCUGAAGAUAAAUCGACAGUUAAUUCGAACAUUAGCAACCAAUCAAAUGAUAUUUUGAGUAAUUCAAUUAUAAAAUUAAAUACCGAUAAAUUGUCACCAAAAACUCAAAUUUUACCGCGUAGAAUACCCAAGAAAUUGGGUGAAGUAGUUUUAAUCGAUUUAACAACUGACGAUACAAAUGGUAGAGUAUCGAAGCUGAAAAAAUCUGGCAGACGUUUGUCGUGGCUACAAGAGGUAGCAAAGAGGAAAAUAACAAACAACAUCUCCAAGGAAGAUAGCACCAUUGAAGAUUUUCGCAAAUUGAAUUUAUCAUUAUUCCUCACAACCGAUGGAACUCAAUCCAUGAUUAUUGAGGAGCAUCAAGAGACAGAGACAAGUGCACUUGGUAUCGAUAGUCUGAGCUUGACGGAGAGGCCUGAAACCAUUGAACUCGAGCCGUCUGAUGAACUAAAAGUAUCAGAAACUGACGAUAAUGUAAAUCCUUCAUUGCAGGAUAUCUCAGCGUCAUCAAACAAUGAUGAUUGUAAAAUAACCAUGGAUAAUGAAACGAUUGAGAGUGAAAUUAAAGUACAAAUAGAAGUUCAGAAUGAGCUUGAAGUAACGACUGAAAUUAACGAAUUAAAAUGUGAAGAUAAUAUAACGGAGAUGUUAAGGGAUGAAAUCAUUGAUGAUACAAAUUCUGCAAGUACAAAUUUUGUUAUUGAGUCCCAGAGGGACACUGUACUUCAUAUUAAUCACAAAUUGAAGGAGAGACGGAGGGAGAUGCUCGACUGUUCGCCGGAGAAAAUCGCUAAUGGUCACUUUCAAGAGCUCCCUAUAGACGGUCUCUCAUUACUUGCUAUUGUAUCUCAAAAUGCGGCCCACUUGAGUACAACGACAACAAGUAGUGAUCCAAGUAAUGCAAAUCGUGAGAUUAUCAAAGUCAAAGAUUACAGGAGUCUAACAGAGUUGGGAAGUGUUAACGAGAUGCAUCAGCCUAACAACGCAGGCGAAUUAUCAAGCAGUACAAUUCCAAUAUGUCCCAAUGAUGACAUCGACGAAGUAGCACUUCAGAUUGAAGUAUCAUCGUCGGAGGAUGUUGAGAAGUUACCCACUGAUGAAGAUAAUGAGUGUCCAAAUAGUUCAGCCGACAGUUCGAUGCAAUCAGAGAGGGAGGAGCCAAAUGUCAUUCUGAGUGGCGAGACAGUGUUCCUUUAUCAGAAAUCUCCUAAUAGCAAUUUGUACAUAAUAAACAAAGCAGUUGAGAAUCGCGAAGGGGAGGAGGGCAAUAAUAUGAGUGACAAAGUCGCCCCAAUGGAGGGCAUUGACGAGGCAAAUUACCCUUACGAAAUUUACGAGAAAAUGUACAGAAUUCCUCAGCCAGCGGUACCUCAAACAUUUGACGAUCCCAGACGUGCACAAAAGGUCAAAGUGACCACCUCAAGCGACACUGGUCGAGCAAUUGAUCUCCAGAAAACCGCUAUGAAGAAGACAGUCAACAGUAUAGAAGUUAAAUCACCGAGAAGGCACAGGAUAAGGCAGGAAUUUAAUGGAUGUCCCUCUGAUCUCGUCGACCCACAUUCCAUUCAUAUUCCAGCCACAACAUCCCUCUAUCACGCAAACUAUCCCACUUCAGAAUUGUACAUCUCCUGCCGGCAAAAUUGCAGCUCUGUUACCUGCGCUAUUCCAGUCAAUCAAUCAGCUCCACCAAUGCAUUCCCAUCAAAACUCAUUGAGAUGCACAUGUUUAAACUGUCCUUAUGACAUUGUCACUCACUUCUCUCAAUGCAUCAUUCCACCGGGUGAGGCGCAGCCGACAAGUGGAAUUGAUGGUGUUUAUUACAUUGGAAUUCAGCCGUCCUCGGUCCUGCAGGAUUGCAGUCUCAAGACAGCGCACGAGACUGAUGUCAAGCCAUUCGAUGAGAAACCCCUGUACAAGAUUGAAAUUGAUAAUGAAAUUGACAAUAACAUACAGGAAACAUUUGGAAAGACAGAUGUCAAUCGGAAGUUGCCUUUGAAGAAGCGGUUUAGCAUGAUGUCUACGAGCUUUGGGGAGACGAGUGUCAAGACAGAGAAGCCUAUUGAGAAUUAUCCGAAUAUACCUAUGAUAUUCAUAGCCGCUCUGGAGCCCACUAACGACAUGAAAUUAUCACCUGGAUUGAAUAAUCAUCAGAUUCAUUCCACUGAAAUAAUCAGACGUGAUUACGAGAAGGAUUUAAUCAACGGUUAUCACUUCAACGACGAUCGUAAGCGUAAGCAAUGCGACACUAGUACACCAGUGCCAAUCAAAGCACGUAAGCCGAGUACGGAGAGUAGACAAAUAUCGAGGCCUUCGAAGAAAGUUCAGGAGCCAAAGUCUCCGACUAAAAAUUCAAAGAGACAGACGAGACUGUUACAGAGAAAAGCACCUAGAGUUAAUUACUGCUACGAUGAUAAUGAGAGAAAUCCGUCCUGUGCGUAUAAGCGUAAGCGCAAGAGUAGAACACGAUGAUCAGUCAAAGUGUCACUUGUCACCUGUCUCAUUAAAUCCUCAAUAAUUACAAUUUUGCUAAACAUAAAAAGCAGAGAAGCAGAGGGAGAUUGAUAUAAUGAUAAAUACCUGACCGUUCGACUGGCUGUGGUAUUGUAACUGUUCAUUGUAAAUAAUUUAUUAGUAUUAUUGCGUGUACAUAAUUAUCAAAAUCAAUGGUAGAUUGAUUUUUAUUAGAUAAAUUCAUUAUACGUAACAGAUUCGACAUGGAAGAUUGAUCAUCACUUGAAGAUUUCAACAGCUUGAAGAUUACAAUUGAUUUCCUGUUGCUGUUGUGAAGAAGAAAAGCUGGUGGUUUUAUUCUUUCGCUGAAUAAUUCUCGCUGGAACCGAGAAUACAGGGCGUCGAUGCCACAGCAUCGAUACACCACUGGUCAUGCAGCUGAAACAUCGGGAGCAUACCGAACUGUAUCAAUAUAAGAAAUAGCGCCAAUAUCAGAGUUUCCGCCAUAUGAAUAAUUCACCGACCAAGAUACAACAGAAAUUAAAACGAAAAAGCCCAACAAAAUUGACAGAACCAAGUAGAACCUAUUUUUUCGAUGAGACAAGUGAGAGGGGAUUCAUAAUCAAAAUACAACUGAAAGGACCCUAGUCAAUGAAUAACAGCUGUUUACCAUGGUUUUACCAUUUUAAUUAUUUAAUUUAAUCAAUCAAUUUGCAUGAUGUCUUCCCCCUAUUCAGACGGGCGUCGCUGAUUAUGUCGAUCCAAUCUAUUAUGUUUAUCAAUUAAAAUUUAUAUUUUUAUGAUUUUUUUUUCUUUAGUUUUUAUUUAUAUUUCUUAAAACGAAAGACUGAGAAACAAAAUAUUGUCGCUUGCAUAUUAUUUAAGCC